AUGUCAACGGAAAAAUCAAAGAAGAAAAGGAUUCAGCAAUCUCCAGAUACAAGUGAUUCAAGGGCCUUUCCGAUUGAAAUUAUUGAAUUAAAAGUGUCAUACGUGGGAGAGAAGAUAGCAUUGGUGAGUUUGAAAUGCAGGAAAAGAAGAGACACGAUAGUCAAGAUUUGUGAGGUUUUUGAAUCUUUGAAGCUCAAUGUUGUCACUGCCAACAUCACUGCUUUUCCUGAGACCCUUUUGAAGACACUCUUCAUUCAGAAAAGAAUAGAGAAUGGAAGAGUGUUUAUGUAG